UGCUUUUGUUCUACUUUCUAUUUAAGAACCAGACAGACAAACUGUUGUAUUCGGUCUGGUUUUGUUUGUACCUGCAACUCCAUCCUUCAAACAUAGAGCCUAAGAAGAGAAACACAAGAAUGGUUUUGGAAGUCAACCCUUGACUUACCGUAAAUUAUCAUCAACAAUCAAAUAAAACAAAUUCAACCCAUUUUCAUUUCCUUGAUUAUUCUCCCAGUUUGUAUUGUUUUACCUUGAAAAAGGAUGUUUGUUUUCUUGUAAAACCUGGUUAUGUUUUGGUUCUUCUUCUCUCUUGGAAACCAGUAGAUCUGAAGCAGCUUGGAUUUUUGUAUGGCAACUGCAACAGCUCCUAAAGUUCGAUUGGUUAGAUGCCCUAAGUGCCUUUUGGUUCUUCCUGAAGUUGCAGAUUUUCCUGUGUACAAGUGUGGAGGCUGUGAUACAAUUCUUGUAGCUAAAAAUAAAAAGGCCAUUGCCAAAACCACCUCUGUCUUGCAAGAAACCGAAGCUGCUUCUGCUAAAAGGUCGAUUCGUGUGUCCGAACAUGGAGAAUCUAGCAGCUCGGCUCUGCAGGAAGUUGUUCCUUCCCCUUCAAGUCAAGAAAGUGGAGGGAAUCAGGAUAUAUCCACCGGCUCUCGUGGUGAGGGGCUCGGUGAGGACUUAUCGGUAGAAGGGGAACAUAACUGGCAGUACGAGAAGGAUCGGAAUACAUCGAGAUUCGGUAAUGGUUAUGGCGGUCGCGAUCGAGAUAUGCUUGAUGAUAGUAGACUGAAUGAAGGGAAGCACAAUGGAACUGGACUCUUGCAGACGGACUACGAGAAGAAUACACCAGGAGAGAUUGAUGGUGAAAGUGGUCGUGGUAUGCUUGAUGAAAGUAGAUCGAAGGAAGGGCAGCGGAAUGGAGCUGGAUUGUUGCGGAUGAAAUCUUUAGAUCGCUAUGAGAAGGAUCGAAAUACAUCCAGAUAUAGUGAUGGUGAUGAUGAAAGUGAUAGUGAUAUGCUUGAUGGAAGUAGAUCAUACAAAGGGAAGCUAAAUGGAACUGGACUCUUGCAGAAGGAACCAUUCGAUCGCUACGAGAAGGAUCGAAAUACAUCCAGAUAUAGUGAUGGUGAUGAUGAAAGUGAUAGUGAUAUGCUUGAUGGAAGUAGAUCAUACAAAGGGAAGCUAAAUGGAACUGGACUCUUGCAGACGGAACCAUUCGAUCGCUACGCGAAGGAUCAAAAUACAUCCAGAUAUAGUGAUGGUGAUGAUGAAAGUGAUAGUGAUAUGCUUGAUGGAAGUAGAUCAUACAAAGGGAAGCUAAAUGGAACUGGACUCUUGCAGACGGAACCAUUCGAUCGCUACGAGAAGGAUCGAAAUACAUCCAGAUAUAGUGAUGGUGAUGAUGAAAGUGUGAGUGAUAUGCUUGAUGGAAGUAGAUCAUACAAAGGGAAGCUAAAUGGAACUGGACUCUUGCAGAAGGAACCAUUCGAUCGCUACGAGAAGGAUCGAAAUACAUCCAGAUAUAGUGAUGGUGAUGAUGAAAGUGAUAGUGAUAUGCUUGAUGGAAGUAGAUCAUACAAAGAGAAGCUAUAUGGAACUGGACUCUUGCAGAUGGAACCAUUCGAUCGCUACGAGAAGGAUCGAAAUACAUCCAGAGAUAGUGAUGUUGAUGGUGAAAGUGAUCGUGUUAUACUUGAUGAAACUAGACCGAAUGAAGGGCAGCAGAAUGGAACCGGACUGCUGCAGACAGAAUCUUUCAAACAUUGCGAUGUUCAACAGCCAGGAGAUUCAACUGAAGGUUCUUUAUCAACGGAGCUUCGUCAUGGGAAUGAAGAGCUAGUGCUGGAGAAAUCGACCGAUCCUCAUAGUGAGGAGCACGAUGAGAAAUUAUCGGUACAAGGCCAACAUAAUGGCCGCUACAAGAAGGAUCAAAAUUCAUCCAGAGAUGGUGAUGGUGAUGCUGAAAGUGAUUGUGACGUGCUUGAUGAAAAUAGAUCGAAUGAAGAAUCAAUGUUGGCAGCAGGAACAACUAUAGAAGCAGAGGCAAAUGACAUGACCUCGCGGUUAGAAGGCGUAAAAUCGGAAUUGGAGACUAGUAACAAGAUUGAUUCCAACGCCGGGGGCUCUUGGAUAGGUGAACAUUGCGGAGUUAAUGGUUCAAGGUCUACGGAUACUUUUCAAACUGUGGAUUUUGUCAGCCUUUGUUCCGAGUUCAGCGGCCCUCCGGAAUGUUUGUCGAAGUCCACUACCAUCAGAAGCUCUCAUGCUUAUGAUGGCAGUAUUUCUUCUUAUGAUGGAAUUGAUGAUCACUUCUCUGAUCAGCAAUUACAUUCCUUUGAAAAUAGUUAUAAGCCUGCUAAGAAGAAACCUUAUGAGACGGAUAAAUACGGCAAGUGGCACCGAGACGAACCGCUAGAACCUGUAAUGCAUCACCGUCCACCUAGGAGCUGGCCGAGACCGGAGAGAGAUCAAUAUCCAUCUCAAGUUCCUUUGUCUCAAAGGACUCCUUUGCGUGGCUAUGAAAGUGCUGGACCUUCACGUGAUCCGCGAGAUGAAUUCCCUUUUGAUUCGGCCUUUCGUCCCUUAGAGAAGGCCGAGUACGGCGAAGAGGAAAACGUGAAACUGUUAAGAAUGGUAUAUGAACUGCAGGAUCAAAUUAGCAGGACAUGCAAUCUGAAUGGAAAGACCAAUGUAAGUGCUUCCACUGAUGUAACUUGGAAGAAUAACCAUUAUAACAACCAUCUCCGGCCACCGGAGGAUGAAAUUUUUUAUCCUGCUUACUACGGAGAACACGGCUUGAACCAGAGAAGUAGAUUCUCACGUGUACCCUUUUCCGGAGGUGCAAUAAACACUAGACAUGGCAUUGACAACACCUGUUCAUACUGCCAUCCUCAAGCCUGGAAGCAUUCGGAGCAGUUGCCUCCGCAAUUUCGACAUAACCGAGAAUUUUGUAGAGGCGGCACUGGUCAUAGUUGUUACGAUUCAUACAGCUCUUUACCCUGUAGCCCCCAAAGAUAUAUGGAGUCUGAUUUUUCUAAUAGGGUCCAUGAAAUUCAAUCUGAUGAUCAGAGAUAUGGAGACCGUGAACUGAAGAGGUACCUGAGGGAGAAACAUCAUUCGGUUAGGCGACAUAUCCGGCCAACGGCAGGUGGAGCACCUUUCGUAACUUGUUACCAUUGCAUCAGCCCGUUGCAGUUACCUGCAGAUUUUCUACUGUUCAAAAGGAGGUUCCAUCAGCUAAAAUGUGGUGCUUGUUCAAAGGUGCUUAAGUUCUCACUUCGAAAAGGAACCAAUAUAGUUCCUUACGAGCCGGUCGCUGCAGAACCUCCACCGAGCGAGGUCGAGGACCGCGAUGAUGUGAUUAAUGCAAGAAUCCCGGGAACGGCAUCAAGUAGUCACUGUCGAAUGCAAGCAGAUCCUUUGUCUUACUCCGACGAUUACGGACACUCUUUCGACAUAAGCUGCUCCACAGAUGGAAACCCUGAUUCUCAUGCAAAAUUUCAUCAUCUUCAAGGCAGCAAUGCUGAUGUCCAGAACAUGUCUUCUAGCUCUUCCAAACCUAUGGAAACUUUUGAUUCAGUGGUGCAUUCCAGAUCCAAGAAAGUGUCCUCCGAAACCGAAGGGUCGCCACCGAGAACCGGAGGGUCAACACUUCAUCGACUUAUGGGGUAUUCUUCACUAAGCCAAGUCCUAAGGGGACGUAGGCCAUCCAUCUCUAGCACAAGCUCAUCGCACUUUAGCAAAAACAAAUCAAGACUUGAAUAGCUGAGCAUAUUACUUUUUUUUUUCUGCAGAUACAUUGGAGGGGGUGGAAGGACUGAUAUUCAUCUGUUUGAUGAAUGUAAAAGGCUUAUAGAUGAAGCAAUUUACUUGAUUUGUUAAUUCAUGUAUAGGAAAGAUACCUUAUAAUUUAUAUGGAUUUGUAUUUUAUUUUUUAU